UCUUUUCUUAAAAAAAAAAAAAAAACAAAACAAGACAGUUAUUUGUCAAAGAAAUUCUAAAAUACUUUUCGUUAAAGUCAAAAACAUUUAGAUUAUUGUGUAUGAAAAAAAAAAAUGGAAAAUUCAAAGUGUAAGUCCAGGAAGAUAAGGAAAAUACAAAUGAAAUAUCCGGCUCCAUAUUCCCAGUCGUGGUCUACAACGGAACCGGUUAAAAAACACGGAAAAAUGCAAAAAAGUACCUCGUUCCAGGGAAAUCAGUACGAAUGUUGCAGGCUGCGACCUAAGCCUUUGAAAGAAGGUUGUAACCCCUUCGCCCCGCAUCUCAAGUACGGCUUGUUCCCAAGGAAAGUCACAAGGGUUACGAAUAAUGAAAUGUUGAAAAGGCAGCCGGAAGUUGGUCAUUUGAACACGAAUAAAAAACGUAUGACAAGAGACACAAAGAAAAUGAAAGAAGGGCAACCCUCCCCUCAGCUGGUAAUUCGCUCCAUUGACAAGUUGUCGCGCCGUCUGUCAUCCUCCGGUAUAAAUCAUAUCGACAUACAGCCGCGGAAUUUGACGGACAAGAAGAAGAGACAUGAUAACUACAUAUAUAAGAAGAACCAAGCUUUUUACUAAUUACAAAUCCACAGUUAAUUAAAAAAAGUUUAUAUAUAAUGAAACCAUGCAAACUCCUUGGUACAUAUAUUGACAUUGGCAGAAUGUAGCGUGCAAAGAAUUGUUGUAAAUAACUAGUUAAUUUCAGCAAGUAAAUCUGUAUCAAUACCUCUGUUCCCCUACCAUGGGUAGUCGUUGCCAAACCAAAAGCAUAGUUUUUCGUUUAGAAAUCUCAAUACAUUAUAUUAGUAGGUAUAUGAAUGAAGAACUCAAUGCGCGUGUGUAAUGAUAAAACCCUUGGUAGGGGAACAGAUUAUAUAAUUUUUACUUUUUUUAUUUUGACAAGUGCUACCUGUUUUUUUAUCUGUUCCACCUUUUUGGCGCCAUAAUAUGAAUACUAUUUAAAUUUUUGCGAAUAUAAUAAAGACGUCUUUUUAUAUUAUACGAACUUGUAUAUCAAUAA